GGCGGCCGGUAGGCGGCGGGGCUGGCGGCCGCGCGGUGCCGGGAGGGCGGCGAGGCAGACGGCAGGAUGCUGUGCGCUGCGCUGCUCGGACUGCCCCUGGUGGGGGCGGGAGCAACCGAAGAGCCCACCCUGGAGUCGGGGUCGUCGGGAGAGCCACCCCCAGGGUUGGCCCUCUUCCGCUGGCAGUGGCACGAAGUGGAGGCACCUUACCUGGUAGCCCUGUGGAUCCUGGUGGCCAGCCUGGCUAAAAUAGUGUUUCACUUGUCUCGGAAGGUGACAUCCCUGGUUCCUGAGAGUUGCCUGCUGAUUUUGCUGGGCCUGGUGCUUGGAGGCAUAGUGUUGGCUGUGGCUAAGAAAGCUGAGUACCAGCUGGAACCAGGCACCUUCUUUCUCUUCCUGCUGCCUCCUAUUGUGUUAGACUCAGGCUAUUUCAUGCCUAGCCGACUAUUUUUUGACAACUUGGGUGCCAUCCUCACCUAUGCCGUGGUGGGCACACUCUGGAAUGCCUUCACAACAGGCGCUGCCCUCUGGGGCCUGCAGCAGGCUGGAUUUGUGGCCCCUCGGGUGCAGGCCGGCCUGCUGGACUUCCUGCUGUUCGGAAGCCUCAUCUCAGCGGUGGACCCCGUGGCCGUGCUGGCUGUCUUUGAGGAGGUGCAUGUCAAUGAGACUCUGUUUAUCAUCGUCUUUGGCGAGUCCCUGCUCAAUGAUGCCGUCACCGUGGUGCUGUACAAGGUCUGCAACUCCUUCGUGGAGAUGGGCUCUGCCAAGGUGCAGGCCACUGACUACCUGAAGGGCGUCGCCUCCCUGUUUGUGGUCAGUCUGGGCGGGGCAGCCGUGGGCUUAGUCUUUGCCUUCCUCCUGGCCCUGACCACACGCUUCACCAAGCGGGUCCGCAUCAUCGAGCCGCUGCUGGUCUUCCUCCUCGCCUAUGCAGCCUACCUCACUGCUGAGAUGGCCUCGCUCUCCGCCAUUCUUGCGGUGACUAUGUGUGGCCUGGGCUGUAAGAAGUACGUGGAGGCCAACAUCUCCCAUAAGUCACGCACAGCUGUCAAAUACACGAUGAAGACUCUAGCCAGCUGCGCAGAGACCGUCAUCUUCAUGCUGCUUGGCAUCUCGGCCGUGGACUCAUCUAAGUGGGCCUGGGACUCGGGGCUGGUGCUGGGCACCCUCUUCUUCAUCCUGUUCUUCCGAGCCCUUGGCGUAGUCCUGCAGACGUGGGUGCUGAAUCAGUUCCGGCUGGUCCCUCUGGACAAGAUUGACCAGGUGGUGAUGUCCUAUGGGGGCCUGCGGGGGGCCGUGGCCUUCGCUCUCGUCAUCCUGCUGGACAGGACCAAGGUCCCUGCCAAAGACUACUUUGUGGCCACCACAAUUGUGGUGGUCUUCUUCACAGUUAUUGUGCAGGGCUUGACCAUCAAACCGCUGGUCAAGUGGCUGAAGGUGAAGAGGAGUGAGCAUCACAAACCCACCCUGAACCAGGAGCUGCACGAGCACACUUUUGACCACAUUCUGGCUGCAGUGGAGGACGUUGUGGGGCACCAUGGCUACCACUACUGGAGGGACAGGUGGGAGCAGUUUGACAAGAAGUACCUGAGUCAGUUGCUGAUGCGGCGGUCAGCCUACCGCAUCCGGGACCAGAUCUGGGAUGUGUACUACCGACUCAACAUCCGGGAUGCCAUCAGUUUCGUGGACCAGGGAGGCCACGUCUUGUCCUCCACCGGUCUCACUCUGCCCUCCAUGCCCAGCCGCAAUUCCGUGGCAGAGACCUCUGUCACCAACCUGCUGAGGGAGAGUGGCAGUGGAGCGUGCCUGGAUCUGCAGGUGAUUGACACGGUACGCAGUGGCCGGGACCGUGAGGAUGCUGUGAUGCACCAUCUGCUCUGUGGAGGCCUCUACAAGCCGCGCCGCAGGUACAAAGCCAGCUGCAGCCGCCACUUCAUCUCGGAGGAGGCGCAGGAGCGGCAGGACAAGGAGGUCUUCCAGCAGAACAUGAAGCGGCGGCUGGAGUCCUUCAAGUCCACCAAACACAACAUCUGCUUCACCAAGAGCAAGCCACGACCACGCAAGGCCGGCCGCAAGAAGAAGGACGGUGUGGCUAGCACUGAGGCUACUAAUGGGAAACCUCCUCGAGACCUGGGCCUUCAAGACACAGCUGCUGUCAUCUUAACGGUGGAGUCCGAGGAGGAGGAGGAGAGUGACAGUUCGGAGACAGAAAAGGAAGAUGACGAGGGGAUCAUCUUUGUGGCUCGGGCCACCAGUGAGGUUCUCCAGGAGGGCAAGGUCUCAGGGAGCCUCGAGGUGUGCCCGAGUCCACGCAUCAUCCCCCCCUCCCCAACCUGUGCAGAGAAGGAGCUACCCUGGAAGAGUGGGCAGGGGGAGCUGGCGGUCUAUGUGUCCUCAGAAACCACCAAGAUUGUGCCCGUGGACAUGCAGACAGGCUGGAACCAGAGCAUCUCGUCCCUGGAGAGCCUGGCGUCCCCGCCCUGCACCCAGGCCCCCACUCUGACCCGCCUGCCUCCCUGCCCACUGGCGGCUGAAGAGUCCCAGGCCCCUCUCGACCUGCCUUCUGAUCCCCACUCUAGCUUCGCCUUUCCACCUAGCCUAGCCAAGGCGGGCCGCUCUCGCAGUGAGAGCAGCGCCGACAUCCCCCGGCAGCAGGAACUGCAACCCCUCAUGGGACAAGAGGACCACACCCACCUGAGCCCGGGCACCGCCAACUCCCACUGGUGCAUCCAGUUCAACAGAAGUGGCCGGCUGUAGCCCAGGGAGCUGGGGCGGAGCAGGAGGCAGGAGCACCCCAGGGUAGCGUUCCCUGGGCACAGAGCAGAGCCACUUAGCCUGACAUGGGGCCAGAGGGACCUGGACUGAAGUAGCAACCAGGCCUCUUCGGUGGGUCAGAAGGAUGCCCCGGGCCGGUCCUCAGAGGGGCCCUUUUCGCCACCCUGCCUGCUCCUAACCCUGCCACCUUCCUUUUCAGUAAAGGCCUUGACAGCUCAGACCCAGUGCAGAGCUUCUGGGGGCCAGGCCAAGACUUGCAGAGCUGAUAACCUUCCCCCGUGGGUCCUCGUGGGGUCACUCUAGCUGUCCUGUCACCAAAGCAGGGGCACCUCAGCUGAUGCUGGUCUUUUUUGCCCUCUGUGCCCUGGUCAAAGACAGUGCCCUGGCAACAUGUUCUGUGAGGGGCUGGUCUCAAAGGGAUGGGGAUGGGCGGAGGAGUAGGCUUCAUCUUGAACUUCAUUGCCCUGUAGGGUCAGCUCCCCAUAACUAUUUUUUUAGGGCAAUGGGAAUGUGCCCCCACUUUAUCUCUUUCCCUCUGCUGCCAGUUACUGAGGCAGCAGUUCUCCUUUUCCAGGACCAAGGCCACAGGGCUGGGCCAGGCUCCAAGCCAGGGCUGCUUCUAAGCCAGGGUCACUCCGGGAAUCUGCCGCUCUUCAUUCAAGUCUGGACCUUUCUCAGUCUAGGUUUUCUGAGGCACAGGAGAUGGUGGCCUCUGAGGUCUCAAUUACCACCUUGACAUUCCCCAAACAGGAAAGGAACCAGGUACCCCAAGGCCCCUGCCCCCUGCUCCAGGGGCUGGGUCGGCUGGCCACAGAGGUAAGGAGGCUGACUGUUGGCAGGUGACUUUCCAGAGGUUAACACCUGCCUGUAUUUUGUAUCUUGAACCUAAGAUAUAUUAAACAUCUCUCAGAUGGA